GGUUUGUUUUGAGUCGGUGAGAGUGUUUAUACCAAAAGAAAAAAAAUGAAGUCUCUGAUUUGCAUAGCCAUCGUUGUCGUUGCUAUGGCAACAGCGGCACCUUCACCACAGAAAGAAGGCAGUGCCUACACACAAGAAGCCAUCAGGCAAGCACAGAACACCCUGUUGAUACCAAAAGAUGCCCAAAUCCAAAAAGUGCAAGAAGGGAUUGAAAUCGGCGCCUAUGAGAGUAUCCCUGGUAACCAGAAGAUCAACCUUUUCGAAAUUUUGGGAGACCAAUUCCCCCCAGAAGUCGUCAACAAUCUCCAAACGCAGAUCGAUCAGUUCAUCCCAAAGAUGCUCUAUAGGAUUGAGAUCCGGGCUGCAUGCUGGCCCAGUCAAGCCUUAGAAUUCCGACCUCAUUCAAAUACUCGGUUACAAUUCGAGCAACGUGUGGUCUGGCGUUGUCAUGCAUCAAGACCAAAGCCGUCUCCAAUAAUAUGGGAGAACCUUUUCUUCCCAUGUACUAAAAGGAAAGAUUACAACAGAAAAUUUUGUGGUGGCAGCUUAAGGGAUUUCAAACUAGUUCUUAGUUUGGCGAACUCAAGUGGUGACCAAAUAGUGACUUUCGUUAGGCGUGAACAGUGUCUACGGGCAGUUUUCUACGGAAAAUCAGUUCCUCUUCGAGUGAUUCACAAGAACAUCGCAGAAGCAGAUUCGACAAAAUUUCUACCAAAAUUCGACGCUGCUGGUUUUUUAGCAGAAAUUCGUCCAGCGUAA